AUGGCUUCCUUUGCGCGCUUGGCGCUGCUGGCGCUGGGCUUGGCGCUGCCUUGCGCCACCGGCUCCUGGACCGAGGCCAACACGGCCUGCGCCACCCGGGCCACCGGCGGCCGCUCCCGGCUCCUGAGCUUCCUCUGGCUGCGCCCCGACGGCUCCCCCGCCGCGGUUCUGGUGCAGAGCCUGUGGGAUUUGCGCAGCGGGCGGCUGCUGGAGUGCGCCCUGCGGACGGAGCCCGCCUUGACCCGCCGCUAUCUGGAGCUCUGCGCCCCCGGGGGGCUCCGCCACCCCUUGGUCCGCGCCCCCUGGGACCCGCGGCUGCGGAGAGAGCUGGAAGCCUUGGAUGCGCGCAAGGAAACGUGCAAGGGAGCCUCCCCGGCCAGCCGCCAAGCUGAAGCGAGGGAGUCGGCAGGGCAAGCGCGGGCGCGGAGCCGGCGAGGAUGGACGGUGCCCGGGACUCUUUGGUGCGGAGCCGGGCACACGGCUGAGAAGCCCUCGGAGCUGGGGGUUUUCCAGGGCCCAGAUGUUUGUUGCCGUGAGCACGACAAGUGCGACGCCCACAUCUCAGCUCUGGGGUUCAAGUACGGCAUUCGCAACUACCGGCUCCACACCAUUUCUCACUGCAGCUGCGACAACAGGUUCAGAGACUGCCUGAAGAACCUCAAUGAUACCAUCUCCAACUUCAUCGGGACUAGUUUCUUCAACCUGCUGGAAAUCCCAUGCUUCCACUUGAAAGAGAGUGAGGACUGCCUUGAGUGGCAUUGGUGGGGCGGGUGUAAGAAGUACGGCAUGAUGCCCCUGGCUCACUUGGUGGAGCCAAGCCCGUAUCAGCCCAUCGAGAUCCCCGAGGCCACCACAUUUCCUCUCCAGCCGAGACGGCAUCGCAAACCCGGCUCGAAAGGCAGAAAAACGCGGAGAAAGAAGGUGAAGAAACCGAGCACCGAGACGCAGGAUACCGUCAUCCCACUCGCCUCGAUCUCCAAGACGAAUGAAGCCACUCACCUCCUGGGAAGAAGCUCCACGGGUGAGGAGACAACUGCCCUUCAAACAACGUUGAACCCUGGUCCCAUCAAGAGGGAGGGCGAGAUUCUCACCGCGCGUCACCCGGUCGUCCUUACUGUGGAAGAAGCCUUCUCCAACGAGACGUGGCAGGGAGAAAGGCCCAUCUCUGGCCCUUCUGCAGGACACAGCCAGGUCUCCAAGCCAAGACCAGGCCUGUCGCGGAGAUGCCGCUGCUACCAACGGCUGGACCACUGCCCCUUCCAGAUUGGCCCCAAUGAGUUUAAGUACCAGCUCCACAAUUCAGAUGAUCGCACUCUUUACCACUGUAACUGCACCCGCCGGUUGGCCCGGUUCCUGCGCAGGAGGAAGAGCCCCAAUGAGGUGGAGGAGCAGGUCCUGUCCCACUACAUCGCCCCUUCCUGUUUCGUCCUGGAGAACCUCCCAGGCUGUAGGAUGGGAGGGGAAAGCUGGCCCAACUGCAUUGGCAUCGGCAAAGCCAUCCUGGCCCCGGCUCGCCACCUGACCAACCGGCUGAUGGGCAAGCGAGCGAGGGGCUCUCUCAAAGUGAAGCGUCAGGAAGGGGCAUCCCUGGAGGGACCCGUCCGGCUGUUUGACAAGUGUGUGCGGCUGGUGCGAGCCGCCCUCCAGCCGGCGCCCCAUUGAGCGAGGGCAGCCUUGACCAUGGCACACAGGCGUGGGCGAGAGGGCCGAGCCCAGGAAGUGGACACAAUGAAACCGAGCCAUUCUCCCUCCCCCCGCGUGCGUUUGUGCGUUCCCAGGUUUUUUGAACCGGAAGCAAAUGCCCAGUGUGGACUUGAAUGAGAAGCGGGCAUCCAUGGCACAAUGCUAGCUGGCCAUCACCUGC